AUGCACGGACUUUUGCUUGCCGGGCUUCUGGCCCUGCCCGUCAAUGUUCUCGCACACCCUGCUGAGCAGCAAACCAGCUCUGUGCUGAGCCGCCGUGGCGUCGACAUCGACUCCUUCCGUCUCCCAUUGAAGGCCAAGUACAUGGACAGUGAGGCCACCGCCGAGAAGAUUCAAGCUCUCUCCUUCUCCAAGGACGACGACUACGUCUCGACCGCUACCAAGCUUGUGAAGAGCACUCUUCCAAAGUCCACCUUCCGCGUGGUUGAUGACCAUUAUAUUGGUACCAACGGAAUUGGCCACGUUCACUUCCGCCAGACUGCUCACGGUCUUGAUAUUGACAACGCUGAUUUCAAUAUUGACCGCGAUGGCAAAGUCUUCUCCUUCGGAAACUCCUUCUUUACUGGAGAGAUCCCCAAGGAGAACCCCAUGGUCAAGCGUGCCUUCUCUGACCCUGUUAAGGCUUUGAAGGGUGCCGUCAAGGCUCUUAGCCUUCCAGUUAAGUCUGAGAAUGCUAAGGCUAAGGCUGCCCAGGGCAAGGAGUCCUUUGAGUUCCAAGGAACUUCCGGAGCUCUCUCUACCCCCAAGGCUAAGCUCGUCUAUCUUCAGAAGGAAGAUGGAAGCCUAGCUCUUACCUGGAGAGUUGAGACUGAUGUUGGUGACAACUGGCUUUUGUCCUAUGUUGAUGCCAAUGAUAGCGAGAAGGUCCACAACGUUGUCGACUACGUUGCCUCCGCUGAGUUCUCGGUCUUUGCCUGGGGUCUCAACGAUCCUACCGAGGGUGCCCCCACCACCAUCCGUGACCCAUGGGACACCGCUUCCUCUCCAUUCACCUGGCACUCUGAUGGUACCAACAAGUACCCAACCACCCGUGGUAACAACGCCAUUGCCCAGGACAACCCAACCGGUGGCAGCGGAUACCUCAACAACUACCGCCCACAGAGCGCAAACCUCAUCUUCAAGUACCCCUACAGCAGCACUAUGACCCCCCCAUCUUCAUACAAGGACUUCUCCAUCACCCAGCUCUUCUACACCACCAACAAGUUCCACGACCUUCUCUACUCUUUCGGCUUUAACGAGGCCGCUGGAAAUUUCCAGGUUAACAACGGCAACAAGGGCGGUAGGGGUAACGAUUUCGCCAUCGUCAAUGCUCAGGACGGCUCUGGCACCAACAAUGCCAACUUUGCUACUCCUCCAGACGGCUCCCCCGGCCGUAUGAGAAUGUACAACUGGACUACUGCCCGCCCCAACCGUGACGGUUGCCUCGAAGCCGGCAUCGUCAUCCACGAAUACGCCCACGGUCUUUCCAACCGUCUCUGUGGUGGUCCCGCCAACAGUUCUUGCUUGAACGCUCUCGAGUCCGGUGGUAUGGGUGAGGGCUGGGGUGAUUUCUACGCCACCGCCAUCCGUCUAAAGUCCAGGGAUACCCACAGCACCAACUACUCUAUGGGUGCUUGGGCUGCUAACACCCCCAAUGGUAUCCGUCGAUACCUAUACUCCACCAGCUUGCAAACUAACCCCUACACGUACACCUCUGUCAACGGCAUGAGGGAGGUUCACGGCAUUGGUACCGUUUGGGCCACCAUGCUCUAUGAAGUUAUGUGGGCUCUGAUUGAUGCCCAUGGUGGCACCUGGAGCGCCACCCCAGUCUUCCAAAAUGGCGUCCCAACUGACGGCCGUCAUCUUGCUAUGAAGCUCGUCAUGGAUGGAAUGGCCAUCAUGCCAUGCAACCCCAACUUCGUCCAGGCUCGUGACGCCAUCAUCGAUGCUGACCGUGCCGCCACGAACGGUGCCAACAAGUGUACCAUCUGGAAGGCCUUCGCCAAGCGUGGCCUCGGCACCGGCGCCAAAUACGGCACCACCCGUACUGGCAGCAACCAAAUUCCUUCUGGUUGUUAA